AGCGAACUGUGACUUCGGGCGCCUUCUUUGAUUCCCACUGCUUCGUCAUGAUUGGCUUAGACUCUGUGGGUCCCGUGGGUUGCAGUGGAAAAUUCGCGGAAUUCAAAGUACCAUAUCGAGGCGAAGUUAGCACUGGAGUAAGUCCGUGUAGAUUUUUUCAUCGCCUUCUCCGAAGACUACCCUGUUCGCUUGUCAAUAUAACGGAGGUGUUGUCAUUGGGGCCGACUCGAGGACAUCUUCUGGGUAAGCCUAUUGUGGAUGUGCUUAUUUAUAAUUCGAAGAACUUAUGUUGUCAAUCGCGUGACCGACAAAUUGACGCCUUUGGCAAAGAACAUCUACUGUUGUCGGUCUGGAUCAGCCGCAGACACACAGAAAGUUGCUGAUAUCGUCCGUUAUCAGCUGGACUUCCACCGGAUGCAAAUGAAUAAAGACCCAACCGUCUUAGAAGCUGCUGUCACGUGUCGCUCUUUGUGCUACAGUUACCGGGAUGACCUCAGUGCCGGAUUAUUUGUUGCUGGUUGGGACGAAUCUGGUGGUGGACAGGUAGUUUUGUGCUAUCCUUUCAUAUCAUACUUUCAGAUAUAUUCUAUUCCUCUAGGAGGUAUGCUUCUAAAGCAGCCGGCAGUAAUCGGUGGCUCCGGGAGCACUUAUAUCUAUGGCUACUUCGACAGAGAAUUCCGAAAAGAUAUGACGAAGGAGGAAUGUGUCAACUUCGUGUCCACAGGUGUUGCUCUGGCAAUCAACCGCGAUGGUUCUAGCGGUGGAUGUAUCCGACUGGCAAUUAUUUCGAAGGACGGAGUAGAAAGACGUCUGAUAAAGGGAAAUGAUGUCCCGGUGUUCAAGUUAAGUUGAUUGAGUAAAGUAGACUUGCAAACACUGUCACGUCCUACAACCGCGUUUUAGGUGGGUGGGCUUUUUGAUUGGGUGAAGUCGGGAGGUCUGUUGAUUUUCGUGGACAAU